AAGAGUCCACACGGUCACCGAGCGCCUUUGUGUCCGCAGACGGAGCGAGCCUCCCCAGACAGCAGGCGUCGGCAGCCACCGCGCCCCGCUGGAGCCGCGGAGCAUGGAGGAUCCGGAGGGGGACGUUUAUUAAACAGGAGACGGAUGUGGCUGCUGUGUGAGGGGGAAGAAGGCAAACUUGAAGCAACAGAGAGAAUCAAGGAGAAGAGGAGGAGUAACGGGGCGUUUCUGUGGCGAGAAAAGAAAGAAGUCUGGAUCUCCAGACGCAGUAUUGAUCUGAUCCACAAGACAUCCGGAGCAAAUGGAAGCCGCGGAGGGCAAGGCGUCGGGAACACCCGCCGGGGAUCUUUGUUCACACCUCGGCCCGGCCGCUGCGGACAUGUCGCAACGGAUCAACGCAGAAAACUGCUACGAGAUUCUGACAAAAGCCAAGAGCGAAGGCGCGGAGGGCGUGAAGGAUCUGGUCUACCGCUACAUGAGCGACCACUACCUGCAGGUGCUGCGGACUGCCGCCGUGUACGGCCGGCUGACGGUGGGGGAGAGAGAGCAUAUCCUGGCCCGGAGGAUGGAGGGGAGGAAGCUGCUGGCGGUGGCCGAGAGCAGCGAGGCGUGCGACCGCGGCGGGAGCCGGGAGAACAGCCGGCCGCAGAGCCCGCUGCUGCCCGCCCCGGAGGACAGCACCCACCGGCGGGUGUUCUGCCUCCAGCCGGAGACUCGGCGGUGGGAGGUGCUGGCCCGCCUGCCGGAGGAGAUCCCCGCUAAAGGCUCCGGGAUGUGCACGUUGUUCAACUACCUGUUCGUGGCCGGGGGGAUCGGGGCGCACGGGGACGGCCGCUCCAAGGCGUCGGACCGGGUCUUCUGCUACAACCCGCUGACCGGCCUCUGGAGCCAGAUCCGCCCGCUGACCCAGCCCCGCUCCCAGCUCCGACUGGUCUCCAUGGACGGCUACCUGUACGCCAUCGGGGGGGAGUGUCUGUUCACGGUGGAGCGCUACGACCCGCGCGCGGACAGGUGGACUCCGGUGGCUCCGCUGCCCAGAGGCUCCUUCGCCGUCGCGCACGAGGCGACGUCCUGCGGCGGGGAGCUGUUCGUGUCCGGCGGCUCGCUCUUCUACCGCCUGCUGCGGUACGACUCCCGCCGCGAUGAGUGGGAGGAGUGCCCGUUCAACGAGAGCCGGAGGCGGUCCACGGACAUGGUGGCGCACCGCAGCCUCGUGUACCGCUUCGACGUGGACCGGGAGCGCGCGGGCGUGAGCGUGUACAAGUACAACACGGUGGUGAAGGUGUGGCACGGCGGCGCGUCCUUCCCGCUGGACAACCCGCUGCCCUUCCGCUGCGCGGUGCUCGGGGACCGGAUCUACUGCGUCAACCGGAGCCAGACGCUGCAGUUCGAGGUGCGGGAGGAGCGGGAGGGCUUCCUGCCGGAGGUCCUGCCCUCCCCCGCAGAGGCCAGGGGAGCCCUGGUGCCCUUUGUCCUCUCUCUGAACCGGGACAAAUGAUGUAUGCCAGGUCCAGGACUGGGCCUUGAGGCGUGGACCUGCCUUCCUCUUCCCCCGCUGUGCCUUUUUCUUUAACGGCUAAACUCCUGGUUUUUCCAGCUUUUCCCUGUGAGGGAGUUUGUUUUUUGGGUUUUUUUUUUCCACUCGUUGCUGCAUGAAAGGCAGGAUUCGUGGAUGAACUGAGACGAUUUAGAUGCGGCCAGCUGCAGCAGAAUAUCUGGAGCAGCGGCUGUAAAACUGGAAGGUUGCUGGUUUGAAGCCCGGCUGCUCCUGGUGGAGGUGAACGAACGUUUGGGGACAUUGGGUGCAGUUUUUACUCAGAGGCGAAAACAUCUGGAGACACCGUCCUGACGCUUUGGUCCACGAUCAGGUUCCAGACCCGAUACCUGGAGAUCAUGACUUCUUUAUCUAGACAAACACACCUGUUCUCCAGGAGCAGGGGGUUAGGGCCAUAAAAAUACCAGAACGCUGACACACACACACACACACACACACACACACACACACACACACACACACACACUGUUGAGUUUAGACUUUUAAAGCUGUGCCUGCUCCUCAUCAAACAGCUAAAACAAACACACUCAGUUUUACCUGCCUAUGAGAUCAUCCUCUCCAGUGUGACACCAUCAGCUCUGUACCUGGGCCAGGUAUGUUUGGCUCCGCCCCCUGCGAGUCCGACGCUCUUUAACACCAAAAAGAGCAAAAUUAAAGACCAAGGGGGUCACAGGUCGCCCUGAAGGAAUUCUGUAGUUAUUAUCAUAAUCAUUUGAUUCCAGUUGUGACACUAGCAAAUGAAAUCCCUUCGUCACCAUUAAACCUCCUUAUGAUUCAUGUGAAAUCUUGAACUUGUAAGAUCAAGAUGAAAGUUGGAUGGAACCAGAACCUUAAAGGGCUAAAACAAGUCAAUGUGACGAUUCUGAAACCAAAUCGAGCAAAUGUUGACGAGAUGCGUCUCAAUCUGCUCUUAAGGUUUUAACCAGUCGACUGAUUCAACAAUUAAUGUUCGUAACGUCAGUGGAACGGUUUCCUCUAUGACCGUAGUAAAACUAAAACAGACGCUUUGCUUCACUGAAAUGAAACACGGAGGAAAAGUCCGCUCUUCCAGCUGCUUGAAGUCCUGUAGCAAGUCUCUUCUUUUCUUCGGUGCGGAAAUUAACUCAGAAAACCUUUACUUUGACGAGGCGGAGCGGCGAAUGUUUCCGCUUCCUGUGGCUGCAGUGGACUUCGGUCCUAUUCUGGUCUUGUCAGAGUCAGCUCAAUAUAGAUACACGUGAAUAGAAGGAGCUAUGAACCCAAGGAAACCUGAAGGCCGACGCCGGCACUUUUUCUUACUGUUUGGUUUUUCGUCCUUCUCUGGUUCCUACCUGGAAUUUUUCAUACCUGUACCUUGCAUGGUUCAGGCAGCAGAACUGAUGAAAAAAUCAGAGCAAAAACAGAGUCCUAUCACUAUCGGUGCUUGGAGCCUUUAAAAGGCUCAGUAAUUCCCUAAACCAGCUGCUCACAAACGUCUCUGCAUUGAUUUAGUCUUUGUUUAGCAGUUUUACUCUUUACUCCACGGGCACAGUUACGUUUUCUCUCAGCUGAAAGUCUGACGCCAAAGUACGAAUCUGCCAGGACACAGACUCAGAGGGAAAUGCCACAGCCGCCCGUAGAAAAUGUGCAAAUCCCUCAAAACCAACAAGUCCUCCAGCCCAAACCCUCUCCGUAGAACAGUUUGUGGGUGUAAACCUUAAUGUGAUACUGAGGAGGCAUACGAGGCUUGGGUCCUGGCAGGUCGGCCCGUCCUGGAAUGCACAGAGCUCUAAUGCUCCGUAUAAAUAUGCAGUUCGUUGUGUUUCCAAACACGAAGGAGUCUCGAGAGCCGCCUGGUGUCAGAGCUCUGAACGGAGGCAGUACACUGCUACCAGGUACCACAGAGGGACCUUCUGGGCUAGCGGGGACCCAUUACUCAGCUUUAUUCGACCGUGUUAAAACCGACCCCCACAACCUGGACAUCACACCCAACGAGGUGUGACAAGCACUAGCACAGCUGACUGACAGAAAAGCCAGGGGCUCAGACCAGGUCUCUGCGGAGCACCUGAGGUUUGCAGGCCCAGAGUUUUACUGGCUUUAUGAGCGCUGCCAGACUCUGUGUUGUCUGUUACUCCUGUGCCCAUCGCCAAGGGCCAAGCCGGCGAGGCCAGUGUGGUAUCCGCAGUCCCGGAGAGGAUCCUGUUAGAUCGCGUAGGUAAAUAUUUUGGCCCCGCAGACCAGUUUGGCUCCAAGGCUGAGCUCGGCACUGAUUUGUCUGUUAGAGCGGGGGCUUGGUGCUCGUAAUAAAACCGAAACCUGGAAACCCGGAAAGCUUUGACUCGCAGGAGUCAACGCUUUCCAGGCUCCGUUGACAGAUGUGCUCGUCGACCGACUGAUUCUCAGAACAUCGAUAUUCUGCUGCUGUCGAAUCCUGGUUCCAGUGUUGUACGAUACCAGUCGCCGCCAUGGUUAAAUGUGUUGGGCCUCGUUGGUGUUGUAUGUUUUUCUAAUGGACGCUGAGUCCGACUCAACUGUUUCUCUAUGUAUAAACACAAAUACAGUAGAAAAAGGAGAGAAAUGAAACUGCGAGAAGAAUAAUAACAAUGUUGACAUGGAAAGUGAAUGUAGAACAACUUGUUUUGUGCCUUUUUCAUUAAAAGUCUGCGUUUGUCUGUACGUCACUGAAAACACGAGUAAUUCAGUUGUUAACCUUUCUGUCAGACCUUUGCUCCCUGGUCUGCAGACAUGAAUGAGAUACCGGUUUCAGCUGAUUUCCUCCCUUUGUCUCUACACGAUAUAUUAA